CUGGUUUGGACCUCAACGAAUACAUAAUCCACUUUGUCAACGGUGCAUUGUGAUCUCUCGUCAGAAAGACUCGUAGUCGAGCAAAUAAGCGUCUCUCUUACGGAAACAUGGCCGAAAACGCCUCAAAAGAACCACGCAACACAGCUAAGAGUCCGUACUGCUGGGAUAUGAUGCGGUUACUCGACAAUGCCCGCAAAGAAGGUGAAUUGACAGAUGUUACUAUGCGAGUGGAAGGACAAACAUUCCCCGCUCACCGAUGUGUUUUGGCAGCCAGUAGCCAAUUCUUUCAUGGUUUAUUUACCAACGAUAUGAAAGAAAAAUCGGCGUCAAUCGUAAAUAUCGAAGGAAUUCCAGUUUCGGUGAUGAAUGAGCUCUUGUCUUACCUUUACACGGGAGAGGUUCAAAUGAGCGAGGCGAAUGUCGAUGAUCUGAUCGCAUCCGCGAACUACUUACUACUUCCCCGUCUAAAAAACAUCGCUUGCAAGUUUAAGGAGCGGCAUAUGUCGGCCACAAAUUGCGUUGCUACCUUUCUAUAUGCUGAGAAAUACGAUUGCAAGGAAUUGAAAACAUACGCUGGCGAAUUAAUCAAGCAGAACUUCGCGACGGUCGGCAAGUCCAAGGAAUUCGUGCAAAUUUCCUGUCAUCAAAUAAAGGAUCUUAUUUCAAGCGACGACUUAGUAACUGGAACCGAAGAAGAAGUCUUUGAAUUCAUUCUAGAAUGGAUCGCGCAAAAUCAAGACGAGAAGGAGCAACAUUUUGCGGAGCUGUUUAGACUCGUUCGACUGAGCAGCAUAUCCGAUCAAUAUUUGUACACAAAGCUUAUGUGCCAUGAACUAGUGCAGGCAAAUGGCGAGUGUAAGGAAAUAUUAAUGGACGAAAUUCGCUGGCGUGCCUUGUUCUCUGGACAACAGAUCUCCCGACAAAAACCAAGAACUUGUCUUCAGACUCAUGAAGAUGCAAUCAUCACAUGCGGUGGCCUGUCGCCAGAUGAACGCAUUCGCAACUUGACUGUGUGUUAUGUUCCGGCUACGAAAACCUGGUACGAGUUGGCACCCAUGCUUAACAGACGGUUUCGCCAUGGUUUGGCUUCCUGUCGGGGAUAUGUUUAUGCCAUCGGUGGUAAAGGAGAAGACUCGGUCUACAACAGCGUAGAACGAUAUGACCCGCGCACAAACUCAUGGGGCUUUGUAGCACCACUGCCUCAGAGAGUGACAUUAAUGGGUGCAGCUACCUUACAAGGGCUACUGUACGUCACUGGCGGGAUUGCGUUCAGUAGCGAGCACGGUGGUAGGCGUUGUGACACUGCGCAGAGGUACAACCCCUCGACAAACUCUUGGACUGUAGUUGCACCUCUAAAGAGACGCAAGUCCUCUGUUUGUCUCGUGUCAGACACUCACUAUUUGUACUGCAUUGGUGGCUUGGCCGACGAUGGUUUCCUCUCUGAUGUGGAUCGUUAUGAUCCAAAGUUGAACGUAUGGACACAGAUGGCUCCGAUAGGCGAACAGCGCGGGUGCGCUUGUGGAGUGUGCCUUGAAAAAAAGAUUUACCUCUUUGGAGGUACUGUUGACCCAUUUUCUUUAAAUGCCCUCGUAAGUUGCGAGGUUUAUGAUAUUACUCUGAACGAAUGGCAAUCAAUCGCUCCCUUACAAGUUCCCAGAUUUCACGGAAGUGCAGUCCUUUUACGAGAUCAGGUAUACUUAUUUGGCGGAACCGGAAGUCAAAGUGUCGAUCGGCAGAAUUCUCGUAUGGUGGAGUGUUACGAUAUCAAGUCAAAUACCUGGCUCGAUGCUCAUUCUAUGCCAUAUAAUGAGACAUACUUCAGAGGAUGCCCAGUAAGCAUGUUUAAAGAUCUACUACAGUCUGUGAACAAAGUUACAACUCUUCCCCAAAGUAGUUAGGUAUGUUGAGUCCGUAUGACAGUUACCCUUGCGGGUUUUAAUGCGAACUUCUACCAGCCAUAACUUUUAAAAGCCAUCGCAGCCCGCCUACUGACAUAAACUCAGGAAAGGAUGUUUUCACGGGAAAAAGUUCUUUCUAGAUAAAUGGAAAGCUUUCCCUCGAAACGUAUUUUCAUUUCAAUUAUGAGAUGAAAACAUUUGUAUUUGCGAACUGUCACUCAAUUUGGCAAAUCUGUUUACGCUUUAAUCGAAUUGAGAAGGCUUGUCUAACGUAUUAGUUAAAAGGAACAGGAUCUCAUUUAUUUCCAAGAGUUUGUUUUAGUAUUGAAGGAGUAAGUCUCUAAAGAAACUGCGGUACUGCGUCGGUGAGGGGUAUUACACGAUAAGUUGGUUUUCUAAUCUAAAGUGAUAAUGUAAACUGGAUACUGUCGAUAGUUUCUGAAGCUGGCGUUUCGAGCGUUAGCCCUUCGUCAAAACAAAUGACUUUGUUCAUGAAACAAAAACCGUGAUCAUUGAAAGGUCUGAUAGUUUGUUUACAAUUAUGAUCGAGGAGAUGUGGAAAUGGUUUAAAAUCGCAAGCAGAAUGUAUCAUGAAUUUAUUUAGAAGAUCAGUUACCUUAAAGCCAUCUGGAGCUUCUCGCUGAACGUAAACAAAUUCUCGAGAUAAAUUCACGAGCGUAAAGAAUUCUUGAAAUCACCUUUUAACUUAACAAUUGAACAUUAACAUUUACGGCUGAGAUCUUCCUUUAGUCACGCGACUGUAAAAAGAUCACGCAAUUUUCAUUUUUUUUAUUAUUAAUGAAACUGUUAGAGUUUACCAUUUCUGAUUAAAAUAAACUUGUUUGACUGUCAGUGAGAUAUAUUUCCGUCGUAAUCAAACCCUGAAACUGCUAUCGUUUCUUCGGUUUGAUUGCAAAUUUAAUAACAACAUAUCAUUAAAGAAAGGUACAUUGA